CUUUUACGUGGCGGUAUCUUUUGGGAUACAAAACGAGAACUUGAGGAUAAGGCACUGCAGAGAAAAAAAGAAGAAAAGCGGUGGGAGUUUAGAGUUGAAUACGUGGUUUCGCUCCGCUCUCACUCUUUUUUUGUAAUUUUCCAUUCGCCCGCUGACCACUUCUUCUAUUAAUAUCUUCGACGAAUAUAUAAUUCUCUCUCUGUCUCUCUGUUACUCGCCUCGUUUCUUUUCUAUUAAUGGCAAGCAUGGCCGCGAAACCCGCUUUUGUAAGAAAAGCUGCUGCUACUUCUACGACCUCCUUCUGCUCAAAAUGGAGAGGUUCCAAAAGAAAGAGCCACUCCCUCACUCAACUUCUUCGGUAUUCUACUAUUCGAGCUUCACAUUCCAUGGAUGACAAGAACAAGGUCUACAAACAACUGGGACUAUUUUCAUUGAAAAAGAAGAUUGAAGAUGCAGUUCUUCGUGCUGAGAUGCUGGCCCCAACAGCACUUGAACUAGAAGAAGCAAGACGGAAUAAACAGGAAGCAAUUAUACGUGACUAUAACCUUUGGGAUGAUCCUGCUAAAUCAAAUGAGAUUCUUACUAAGUUGGGUGAUAGUUCUAAAGUGGUUGAUUCCCUCAAAGAUUUAACAUAUAAGGUUGAAGAAGCAAAGCUGAUAACACAGUUAGCCGAGAUAGAUGCUAUCAAUUUUGGGCUUUUUAAGCAAGCAUAUAAUGCAUCUCUGGAUGUGAGCAAGGUUUUGGAUCAAUAUGAGAUGUCCAAGCUUCUUAAGGGGCCAUACGACAUGGAGGGAGCAUGUGUAAUUAUUAGAGCUGGAUCUGAAGGCUACUCUGAGAUUUGGGCAAGUCGGCUCUUAAGCAUGUACAUUAAAUGGGCCAAGAAGCAGGGCUAUAAGGGGAGGGUUGUUGAGAAGUGUCAUUCCCCGAACGGCGGCAUCAGGUCAGCAACUAUUGAGUUUGAAUUUGAGUUUGCUUAUGGCUUUCUUUCUGGAGAGAAGGGUGUUCACUACAUGAUUAGAAGUUCUUCAAAUGGAUCUGCCUUGCAAGAGAGUAGCUCAGCCAGUGCAGGUGUGGAUGUUAUUCCCCUCUUCCUCAAUCAUGUUUCUGAUCAACAAAUCGACGAUGCGGAUCUAAUUAUUGCAUCUCCCUCAGUGCUUGAAGAAGAGCAUAGCCAAGCUAAACCUUCAGUUCGCAUCCAGCAUAUUCCUACUGGCAUAAGUGUCCAUUCAUCAGGUGAGAGGAGCCAGUUUGCAAAUAAGAUCAAAGCCCUUAAUAGAUUGAAGGCCAAGCUUCUAGUAAUUGCAUGGGAACAAGGAAUAUCCACUGUGAAUGACAUAAAGAGAGAUGCCGUUGGUGAUAUUUGGCAAAAAGAUACUCGGAAGUAUAUGUCUCACCCUCACAGGCUUGUCGAAGAUGUGAAAACUGGCAUCCAAUUGCCUGAUCCGAACUCUGUUUUGGAUGGAAAUCUUGAAACUCUUAUUGGAGCUCAUAUUAAUACAAGACAAUCAUGAAUAUGUAGUUCCACAUUUUGUUUCCUUUUUUCCCAGAAAAAUAGAAUAACUCAAAAAGUAAAUCAACCUCUUGGAUAUGCCAUGAUCAGCAAAAUUGUUGAUGAUGAUGCUUAGAGAUGUAAAUUUAGCAAUUCAAUUUAUCUGUUCAUUGGAUUGGAUGUCAUUUUUUGAUAAGUUGCAUUGAAUGUCAUUUAGUAAUGCUAAAGUUGCUGCUAUUAUUAUUGUUUUUU